AUGGACGCCCUCCCGCCCCCUAGCCGCCACCUCUUCCCGCUCUUUCAGGAAUCACGCAGCCCCAUGGAAAACCACCACCGCUUUGACCCGUCCAAGUCCUCUACCUUCCGGAACCUGGGCGAGCCCCUGACCAUCGAGUAUGGCACGGGCAGCAUGGAGGGCGUCCUGGGCUUGGACACCGUCACUGUCUCCAACAUUGUGGACUCCCACCAGACUGUGGGCCUGAGCACCCAGGAGCCUGGGAACGUCUUCACCUACUCCGAGUUCGACGGGAUCCUGGGGCUGGCUUAUCCAUCUCUUGCCUCCCCGUACUCGGUGCCCGUGUUUGACAACAUGAUGAAAAAGCACCUGGUGGCCCAAGACCUCUUCUCGGUUUACAUGAGCAGGAAUGACCAGGGGAGCAUGCUUACGCUGGGGGCCAUUGACUCAUCCUACUACACCGGCUCCCUGCAUUGGAUCCCUGUGACCGUGCAGGAGUACUGGCAGUUCACCGUAGACAGCGUCACCGUCGAUGGCGUGGUGGUGGCCUGUGACGGCGGUUGUCAAGCCAUCCUGGACACGGGCACCUCCAUGCUGGUCGGACCCAGCAGCGACAUCCUCAACAUCCAGAAGGCCAUUGGAGCCACCCAGAGCCAGUAUGGCAUGUUUGACAUCAACUGCGGGAGCCUGAGCACCAUGCCCACGGUGGUCUUUGAGAUCAACGGCAGAAAGUACCCACUGCCCGCCUCUGCCUACACCAGCCAGGACGCGGACUUCUGCACCAGUGGCUUCCAGGGCGACGAUAACUCCGAGCAGUGGAUCCUGGGGGAUGUUUUCAUCCGGGAGUAUUUUAGCGUCUUUGACAGAGCCAACAACCGUGUGGGGCUGGCCAAGGCCAUCUGACUGCACCGCUGACC